GAACAACAUUAGCACUACGAGCACAUUGUAGAUGCAGUCAACCGUACUGCGUAUUCAUCAUGACAUUUUCUUACAAGGAUCCGUCACGACACACCAGAAUGAUCAGAUCAAAAUGCAUCUCAGGAAAAACGAUCAACACCUUCUGUAGGACAGAAACAAACUAGAAAUGUUCAUCACAAUGCAAGGCGGUUCUGCAAACAUCCCUUCGCUCUCAAGAAAUGUUCAUGUUGACGUCUCUCUGACUCACUACUCGCAACAGGUGCAGGCCACUUUUUAGAUUUUCUACUUCAAUUCUAGUUUAUUCCCAUUUAGAAGUUUGCUUCACGACGAGAUUAUUGCGAUAACAUACUCGUAUCAAUUUUUUUUUUCCCACUGCCGCAUUUCAUCUUCCUACAUGCUUUCUUUGCUGACUUUGCAUCGACCACGAACGCGUAAAAACGUCAUCUUCUUUUGAAAUUAUAAUCAACUACAUCUACAAUAAAGCCAGAAUUUGCAAAUUGCACAAAACGGAACAAAAUGUCUGUGGGAAAUUUCACCGUCGGGGAGGAGUAUGGGCAGCUGGUCCACAUCCUCCGGACCAUGCAGUCCUCCACCGACAACAACGCCCGGAAGCAGGCGGAGGCAGCGUACUUAUCUAAUGAUGAUUUGUGAUGCAGAAUUGUGAAUGACCCUGAGGGUUUGUGAUGCAUGAUUUCAUUUCGAAGAAGCUCUGGCAUCGCACAAGAAGUUACACCUAAGUGUGUCAUGCGGUGGCCUCAUAGUAAAUGAGUUCCAAAAAGAACUACGAAUCAAAAACAGCUACGGUGCCGCCAAGAAGCAGCCGGAUUUUCUGGUGCAGGCUUUGGUGCAGGUGAUCAAGGACGGUGAGGUCGAUUUGAAAGAUUUAUCCUGAGUGAAAACGUCCCGACCCCAUAUUUGUGAUGCAUACUUGCAUCUGCAGAUGCAUCUGUAAUGCGCAUCCGCAUGAGAGCAAUCUGAAUCUGUACCUGUAGUCGUGUUCAUCUGGGAUUUGUAAUGCUGUAAACAGGAUGACCAGGCGUCUUUGUGAUGCGGCUGUCCUUCAUAACCAGCGCUACACUGCAGGUCGAAACUUGUCAUGCAUAAUUCCCAAAACUUGGGGACUUGUGUUGCAGAUGCACCAGCGCGGCUAUGGGGUCGUGGGGGCGUUUUUGCACAGCAUAAGAUUACGCCGCGAUUCUCCUCCGUCGGUUGUUCCUGCCCGAUAAGAUAUCCUGUGCAAAAGUAUCGUACUCGUACUAAUUGCGCAUAUGCAUGACAAAUCUCUUUCCUAAGGCAAAAUAGCAUUACAAAUUUCAUUUGUAAUGCUGAGCUAAUUUGUCAUGCGAUUUAUACUAGUACGAUGCUUUUGCAUUGCAUAUAAAAUGCUGGACGACAAGGUCGUCUUCGCGGACGCGUCCAACCCGGUCAAACAAGCGUGCACGGAACAGCUGCUGGAAUGCUUCAAGAACCCGGUCGGCCAGCCGGACAGUAUAAUAAAACGUUUUUUGUCAUGCAUAGAAUGCAAGGCGGAAGGAUGAUAUUUGUGUUGCGAAAACUCGUAUUUUUUUAGAAAAAACAUCAAGUCUAUCAUGCAUAUACGUCCAACUUAAUACAGCUGUCGAAAAGAUCCGUCGUCACAUUGGUAACGCGCUCGUGACCCUUGCGGACCAGCACGUGGUCGCCGCCAACGGCGAGGGCGAGAGGAACGAGCAGCAGUGGCCGGACUUGCUUCGGGUGACCUGCGAGUUAACCACGGUCGAGAACCCGGACACGAAGGUUUGUGCCAUGGACAUUCUGACGGAAUUGCUCCCCAUCUACCCCAAGAGCAUGAAGAACCUUCAGGGCCAGAUGCACCAGCUGUUGGAACAGUGCUUCGGGAGCGAGAGCGCCAAGGUGCGCAAGACCGCGGUCUUGCUGGUCCUGGGCAUGGUCAUGAACUUCAAGGUAUGAAAAAUUGGACUUUAUUUUUCCACCGUGUUUGUGAUGCAUUACUUUUCCAUUACCAUUUCAAAUUACUUUUCUCAUGCAUAGUCGAGGUCACACUCACACGCACUCGAGAAAAAAAUACGGAGAGCAUGUUGCAGCACUAGAAGCUUCUUGUCGUGUAGAAACACAGCACCAUCUUCUUCACUUUUUUGCGUAUGAUAUGACUCAAUCCCGAAAACAAACCAAAAUCCUAUAAUCCUAUCAGGCAAAGGAGUGGAAGCCCCUCCAGCCCUGCCUUCCGGUCAUCAUUCGAGUUUUGGAGAACCUCGCGCAGUUGAAGCAAAACGAAUACUUGACGGAGGCUUUGGAGUCUAUGACGGAGUGCUGCGAGUACGAGGCGAUUUUUUUCAAGCCGGAAAUCACCAUGUUGGCGAACUUGUUGGUCCAAAUCAUCGGUGCCCGGGACAACUUGGAACAGACGCCACGGUAUUGAUGGAUUUAAGUAUUUGUGAUGCAUAGCACGAAUAACAAUAGUUCUGUUGCGAGAAUAGACUAAGGGUUAUAGAAUUUCUUCUUGUCCGGGGAAAGAUGAAUUUGUCUUGCAGCAUUCGCGUCAUGAAUGCGUUCUGUCAUGCAAAAAGCAGGUUGAACUUGAAAUCCAUUUCCACCUCCAUAUCUACAGAUCCGCCGCUUUGGAAUUUUUCAUCACCCUUGCCGAGCAGAAGCCGAAGAUGUGCAUGUCCCAGUGCGCGGACUUCGGUUCUUACCUCAUCAAGGCCGCUAUGGACUGCAUGAUGGAGGUUGGCACGAUCGAGGAUGACGGCGCCGACUGGGCGGAGAUUAUGGACGAUGAGGAGGACGACGAUGAUGACGAACUCUUCAAACUCGGUGGGGAAGUUAUCGAUCGCGCGAUCUCCGCUCUGUCCAUGAAGAAGAUCGGCGCGAGCUACUUCCAGGCGAUCGGGGUUUACGUGCAAAACACCGCGGACUGGCGGUCCCCGAUGUCGGCAUUGUCGGCUGUUUCCGAGGGUGUGGAGUAUGUGGAGAAAGAUGACCACUUGGACCAAUUGAUGGAUCUCUGUUUGAAACAUACCGCACACAGUCAUACCCGUGUGCGCGCGCAGUCCUGGCACGCGCUGUCCCGGGUCUUCGCGGACCACCGGGAGGUCACCGACAGAUGGCACAAGCAGUACAUGGAGGCGACCUUGCAGGGGUUGAGCGACCCGGUUCUCCGGGUGCAGACGAAGAACCUGGGGGCGUUCUUAUCCUCUGUAAAAACGUCCCCACUCCAGAGUUGUCAUGCAGAUUUGCAAUUGCAGGAACAUUUGUAAUGCGCGUCCCCAAGGGAGGCAUUUCCGAUUGUGUUUUGGCAUUUGUAAUGCUGCAAACAGGAUAAGCAGAUGGAUUUGUGAUGCGGCUGUCCUUGCUAAUAUGCACUACACCAGGGACUGCAACUUGUCAUGCGUGGCUCCUAAAACUUCUGGAUUUGUGUUGCUACGUUCCCAACUUGACUAUGGGGUGGGGACGUUUUUGCAUAUGAUAGUUCUUGUACUUUGGCGAGGCCUUGGAUCCGGUCUUGAUGGAACUGUACGCGAAGCCGCUGUUGGAGAAACUGGUAUUAUAGGAUUUUGGAUAAAGAUGGUUCUAGAUGUGCUUAUUGCAUGAGAAAAUUGUUCUUGAAUUCAAUUUCCGCAUGACAAAUUUACUACUGAUUGCAAUAUAAGCGUUGUUGAAAAAUAAAUAUUUGUGAUGCAAAACAACCAACUCCAACUAUUAAUCCAGGUCGAGAAGAUCAAGUCCUGCGAGCACCGUGGCGUGAUCGAGGAGUGCAUCACCUCCAUCGCCGUCGUUGCGGGUAGCAUUGAGAAGGAGUUUGCUCCGUUCUACGACCACAUUAUGCCCAUGUUGAAACAGUUUAUCCGCGCGUCCAAGGACGAAAAGGAAACCAGAUUACGAGGAAAGGCCUUCGAGUGCAUGAGCUUGUUCGGGGUCGCGGUCGGGAAGGACAGAUUUAAGGUAUAAUAAAGUACAUGUAUCAUGCUCUUUGUGUUGCACAGAAGCAUUUUUGCAUUAUGAUAUCUUGUUGGGAGCAGGACUUUGCAGCUACCUGUGCUUGUCUUGCACGACGACGCAGAUCCAGAUGUGCACUCAAACUAGAAAAAUAAAAUCACCUAAUAAAAAACAACAGAACGACGUGACCGACUGCAUGCAGAACAUGCUGACCCAGGGCGGGCAGUCGAAAUCCAUGCAGGAUAAGAAGAACGCCGAUGUUAUGCAUUGCAAAUAUGUCUCAGUCUGGAAGGAUCCAAACUUGUCAUGCUGUCUUUGGAUUCUAUAAAAAAUUUGUAAUUGCAUGACCAGCAAGAGACGCCCAGAUUGUGCUACGCGGACGAGAGGGCGUUUGUCAUGCGGAAUAGGCAUCAGGAACGCUUCCAAAAAUCUGUGAUGCUAAGUCAUGCACUACAGGCAUCAUGAUGGGUCAUGCAGAAUAUGCAUGACAAACCUGGCAUCAAUCUUCCAGACCCAGACAUAUUUGCAUUUGAUAGAUGUUCUCACCGACUACCUGAAAGACGCGAUCGAGCGUGUCGCGGGCGUGAUGGAAGAGGACAUGGGCCCCUUUCUCCAGGUCCUGCUCUUCGGCGGCGGUCACGGCUCGGGUUUGAUGCAGGUCUUGGAUCUCGCCCACGCGGCCAACCACAUGACAGUCACGGACGACGACGAGGAGGAGGAUGAGAUUAUUCAACUGCAAAACGGCCAGAAGGUGAAAUCCGCCUAUUUCAAGGAGAUGGCGGACGCGGCGGAGACGGUUUGCUGCUUGGUCCAGAACAGUAAAAAAGCAUUCCUUCCCCACGUCCCGAAAGUCUGCGAGGGUUUGAUCAAAUUAUUCUCCAUCGAGGACAAGUCCCUCAGAACAUCACUCGAGGGCGACGACGUGUUGGCGAAAUGCAGUGAAGUGUGGGCGGCGAUCACCUCUGUUCUCGCCAGGUCAGACGCAAACAUGUGCCAGCAGAUGAUCAUGGAGUACUGCAAGUUGAACCUGAAGUGGCUGCAGGACGCUGACGACGCCGAGGAAAUUUGCAUGCUGGCCAAGGGAGUCGCCGAAGUGCUCUCCUCCGCCUGCCCAGCGACUUCUCUCCCCGAUGAUAAGAAGAAGGAAUACGGCGACGUGAAACAGUACCUGGACACCACCUACAUCCAGCAGAUCUACGAUUGCUGCGAGGCCAAGCUCGGCUACUGCUUCCAGGAGCGGGAAAAAUCCUUAUUGAAGGAGUCCGAGUGGCGUGAGGGUGCGGAGGGGGAUGACGUCGAGGGCGAAAGAAAUCAACUCGACGACAUGGACGAGCACCACGAGGCCAACGUGGCUCUUUCCCAGAUCAUCGGCGCGUUGAUGCAACUGAACCCACCCUACUACACGGAGAACAUCCUGAUGAGAAAAACGGACCCGAUGCUGAGAAAAUUCUUGGACAAGUCGAUUAUUAGUAAGAAACUGCAGAAGAAGGACCAGGAGGUGAUCAUCAGCAAAAACAAAAUCCUCGCGUACUUCAUCGCGUGCGAUGUGUGUGAACACUUGAUGGAAUCGGGUACCCAGUCCUGGCCGGCAUUCUUGAACAACCUGUUCGUGGAUUUACAGAACGUGGACUAUGAGGUCAGACACGCGGCCAGCUACUUCGUCUAUCUCGCAGCGAGAAUCGCGGGUAGUGACGAAUCCUUUGCAACCCAGGCGUUAGAGAAAUUAGUGCAGGUCUUGAAGGAUCCGGCAGAGUACGGAAAGGCCGCACAGAACAAAUACGCCAGUGUGGAUGAUAUCAAGGUAUAGAUAGUUUUUGGUUGAUUUUUUUAUGCAGCUGGAUGAGAAAACGAAAGCGCAUGACAAAUCAUUCCGAGCUGUUCUGAAUGUGUUUGGGAAACUUGCAAUGCACAAUCUACUACAUAUAACAUAAACAACCACCUUCACCUCAGCUCGCGGAAGACAACACGGUGGCUGCCGUUUUUGCCCUCCUGGCCUACUCACCAGCGUUUAUCAAAAUGAAAAAUCCCCCCUCCCCAUACUGAGACGAUGAUUUGUGUAGCAUGAUUUGAGACCACAAAUCAUGUUGUCAUGCUAGAACGCAAAAGAAGCGGACUGUAGUGCUGGGUGGCGUAGGAAAGCAUUGCGCCUUCAGCAUGACAGCAGGCAAGUGGAAAUGGAAAACAGCAUGACAAAUUGCCUGCAAAGGAGGGAACAACUGCGUCGCUUGGCCUUCUAGCAAUACAAGUCAAUUUGUCUACUCAAAUACAGCAACACAAAUUUUGUUUUCGAUAUGGGGAGCGAGGGGGGAUUUUUCCUUUUGAUAGCGUUGUCCCAGAAACACCAGAGCCUGUGGGAGGAGUGCAUCCUGCCGAAACUGCCCUUGAAAAUCGACACGGAGGUUGGCCCGCAGGUGAUCAUCAAGUUGAUUGAGCUUUUCGCCGCGGAACGGGCGGACGUCACCAACAACGGCAACCCGGUCCGGGUCAGCAAGGUGUGCGCGGCGUUUGCGGAAUCCUUAUGAAUUGCAAAAGUAUGAUCGUACUAGUGGAACAAAUCGCAUGACAAAUUCCCUUAGCAUGAGAGAUAGAAUUUGUAAUGCGGAUUUAGCUCAUGCUCAAAAAGGAGAUUUGUAAUGCAAAAAUAAAUACACAAAAAAAUUUGUAUUGCAUAUCCUGAACAGCAUGCGGAUUACUACGACUACGAUACUUUUGCACUGGAUAACCCUACAAGGUCAGCGACAGUGAAGACAUGGACAAGAAGAUCCGGUUGUUGUUCAGCAAAUUUCCCCCGACCUUCUUCGAAACGACCCUGAAACAGAACUUUACCGAAACCCAGUGGAAGAAACUGGAAAAAUUGAUGAAGGACCCCCUGUCGGAGAACUAGGAUAUGAGGUUCUUGAAGAUGUUCUUUUCAGGAACAAGGAGGUUUUGAUGAUGUCACGACGUACUGUGAUGAUGUUGUGAGUUUUUUGAAAAGCAGCAUCGGAAUCUUUUGUCAAUGCACAACUUGAACUUACUGUAACCGAAUUUAGCGUAAAACAAUGAAAAAACAAGAAAAACGACAGAUUACCACUUGACUACUUCUACUUGCUUUUUAUCGACGAUGAUGAAGAGGUUGGAUGAUAAAAUUGUUCUGGCGGACAAGGCACUUCUACUACUUGUCAAUAUUAAAGAACUGCGACAAUUUCAUUCAUUCAACAUCUCAACACUCAGUAACUUCGUAUGUACACUAGAAGAGGAGAAAAAUUUCUUGAUGCAGCCGAUCUGACGUGAAAGAAAUUUUGCCUCCCACAAGAACACACUUGGAAAUUCAUAAAUCAAUCACAGCAGCAGAAACUUUUCCUCGCAGAAGUUUUUGCACGGAACAACAAAACUACUAUAGAAUGCAUCAACAGAAGAUGAAGAUGGACUUUGCAACUACAGAUAACUCGAAGAAAACUAGGCUUCUAAAUGAAUAGCAGAAUCGGAAGAUUAUUUUGCCAUCAGAGCAAUGGAAACAACAGCGAAAGAUCAAGAUGUACUGUAGAUGAUACGACAAGGUAGUACAGAAACGGCUCCUUGCAAGAAUUCCACGAAUUAUGCAUUGAGAUCGUUGGUAGAGCUACUUAUCUAUGCGGAGUCAUGCUCUCGGCUCAGUACGUAGCUGAUAAAGAUAAGACGAGUACUUUGACAACUUCUAUACGAAGGUUGUAGUGGUGUAAUCCGCCCGAUUCACUACUAUUUCCUCGUAGCUGUACUAUCAGUAUCACAAGAAGGCUGCAACAAGAUGAAAUCAAAAUGUACAUAGCAAAGGCUAGAUUAAGAUUUGUUUUACAAUACAGCAGGUGCCUGUAUUGAUUGCUUCAACAGUUUCGCGAGCAGGAGAAAAAAGCAUACAACAAUCUGGUUUUGGUAUAGUCGAACCACGGAACAAAACCUUCGCAUGCCAAGAGGUUCACAUGCUUGGAGAGGGACAGCUUUUAUACCGUAACUCCAAAUUUGAUGAUUUACUACGGAGGUCUCUUUCGUAUCGAAAAAAUGAUGAAACCGAG